AAGAAAUCAUCCCUAAAUUCCCGCUCUCUAUUCAAACCACUACGACCCCUCUUCGACAGAAACUUUUCACGUCAAACAACCGCCAAAAUGGAAAACGAUAAAGGAGAACUCGUCGACCUGUGCGUAUUUCACCAUCCAAUUUUCGCGAUCAAGAUAACCCCCUGAAUGUGAUGUCAAGGCUGACAUUUUGAUUCUCUCGCAGCUACGUCCCACGCAAGUGCAGCGCAACCAACCGCAUCAUCAAGGCCAAGGACCACGCAUCUGUCCAGAUCUCCGUCGGAAAGGUUGAUGAGAACGGUCGAUUCACAGGCGAGAGCCAAGUUUACGCUCUCUGUGGUUUCGUUCGCGCAAUGGGCGAGUCCGAUGAUUCUUUGAACCGAUUGGCACAACGGGAUGGUCUCUUGAAGAACGUAUGGAGCGGAAGCAGCCAGCGAUAAGUGCAUAUUUGGAGGAGUUACUUCCGGUACGCACCUUGCGAUUACGACAUGCGGCGUACACUGCUAACAUAUGGUGACAGUUUUGCAAUUUACGGUCUGGGGCGCUGGGAUUGAGUUCGGGAUACACAUACCUGGGG